AUGCAUAAAGAUUUACCACCGUGCCCGGAACACUACAUACCUUCCAUCUCAGAAAAAUGCUUGGAACUAGGUUUAAGACUAGCUAAAAUUCAUGAAGUGCUCAAGUUCAGACAAACACCCUGGCUCAAAAAAUACAUAGAUUUCAAUACGGAUUUACGGAAGUAUAGAGAUGUCAGGCGGAUCACGAGAUGGGAUGGAAGAUACGGUGCUAGAGCAACUAUAGCCAAACCAAAUUUCGGCAGUUGUAUAAUCUUUGAUAAAGAUAUGAUAAUAGUUAAAUUGCAUCUUGCGAAGACCUUUAUCUACGAUUUUCACUACAAGUAUAUUGAUACGAAAUUUGGACAUCAGGCAAAAUUAUUGUACACUGACACGAAUAGUUUGAUAUAUCACUUCACCGUCCCCAACAUUUACGAAUGCAUCAAACAGGACUUGGAUAAAUUUGAUACCUCCGAUUAUCCACCUGAAAAUGUCUACGGAAUUCCAUUGGUUGACAAAAAAGUUCUGGGUUUGAUGAAAAACGAGUGUAACGGAGGAAUAAUAGCGGAAUUCACUGGCUUGAUAGCGAAGUUGUAUUCAUUCAGAAUGAUGACGGAGGAUAAGGAUGAAAAACGAGCCAAGGGUGUCAAAGGAUCCCUGUUAAAAACUAUAAGUUUCGAUGAUUACUCGAAAUGCGCUUUAGAACACGGAAAUUUUGUCGAACAUCAGAGUCUGAUACAAAGGCAGAAGCAUCAGGUCUAUACCAUUGAACAAAAAAAAGUAGCACUGAGCUGUAACGACGAUAACCGUAUCGUAUUUCAAAACAUAACCGAUACGCUGCCGUGGGGCUACAAGACCUGCAGUCAAACUGAGCAUAGGUAUGAAUUGUAUCUCUAA